AUGCUACGAAGAGCCGUCCUACGUGCAACUACGCGUCCAGCACGCCCCGUCCGCAACCCAAACACGCGACGAUACGCAACAGAGCCUCCCAAGCCGCCACUACACUCCCAAUCCCGCAUCGAACGCUUCAACCGACGCCUCCCUAAGUUUCUACACAAGUACACCAAUGCGCUCGCAAAUGCCCCAGUUUCACACAUCACUUCUUUCCUCCUCCUGCACGAACUGACUGCGAUAAUCCCGCUCUUCGGUCUCGCGGGAUACUUCCACUAUACGCACUGGCUACCGCGGUGGUUUGCCGAGGGAGCGUGGAUUUCGAGCGGCGUCGAGCGCUUCGGCAGGUACUUCAAGAGGAAGGGGUGGAUCCGCAGCGACGAGGCAGCAGAGGCGGAGCGGGAGGUGGACGAGAUACAGAAAGAUGCGAAGCGAAUGGAGUCGCUGGAGAACCAAGUCAAUGGGGGUAGUGAGGCAAAGAGGUUGCGCAAAGUCGACCACGCAUGGAAUAUUAGUGAAGGAGGCGUGAGGUUGGUCGUGGAGUUUGCGACUGCGUAUACGAUUGUCAAGAUGUUUCUACUUCCACGGAUUGUGUUCAGUGUCUGGGCUACGCCGUGGUUUGCGAGGAUGACGGUAAUUCCCUUCCUGGGACGGUUCAAGAAGCUGUUUGGCAAGGGGAAGAAUAAGGGCAGUGGUACUCCUGGUGCGGGUACUGGUGCCGUAGAGGGAGGAGCUCUUCCUCGCUCAUCGUUGGCGUUUCCGUACUCAGCUGCCUUGAUUGGGUUCAGUUCAUUAUCGACAGCCAUCAGUCUUGCAAUCGGCACAAUGUGCUUCGACGACAGAGACACGUACCGGACCAGAACCUACAUGCGACAAGGGCAGCGAUACUACGAAGAAGAGACGCUUCCGCGCGUUCGCAUGUCCUGGCGGCGCCGGAAUGGUUUCGGAGGCGCCUACUAUCCCUCGAGAUACUAUGCUCGCCCUCCUCUUGGCCGUCACAUGGGCAAUGCGUUGAUGGCUCCAGCUCGCCUUGCUCAAUAUGGGGGCUAUCCUAGAGGUGUCAUGCCUGGAGGGUUUCCUAGAGCCAUCGCCCCCGGUGGCUAUCCUCGAGGCGUUAUGCCCGGCGGGUACUCGAAUCGAUAUGGGCAAGGUGGUGGCUUUCUUCCUGGAGCUCGUGCUACCAUGCCAGGCGGUGCCGCCAUGGCCUACCCAAAGCCGCGCCACCAGUAUAUCUAUACACCCCGCUACGGCCAACGCGGCUUUCUCAGCUAUGCCGGCCAACAACCAAAUGGCGCCUACCCUGCCGGCGUUAUGCCAGGUGGCUAUGGGGUCGGUGUUGGUGUUGGCGUUGGUGCUGCUGUCGGUGUCGGCUUUGCUGGCGCUGGCGUUGGCUACGCGGCAGGUGGAUACUAUCCUGGGGUAUACAAUGCCCGCUCCUACUACCCACAGUCCUACGGCGCAAACUACUACGCCCAGAACUAUCAAUACCCCGCCUACGGCGGCUACUACAACUACGGCCUCUAUGGCUCGAUGUACCCGCUUGCUAACUUCUAUUCUCCCUACCAGAGGACGUAUUACAACACUACACCUAGCUAUGGCUACCAAGCUUACGUCUACCCGCCUGGCCCAUCUGCAACGACAACGACCUACCACGUUACGAACAGUCAAGCGCAGGGUUAUGCACCCGCACCGAGGGUGGAGGCAAGGGCGACUUGCAACCAUGGCCCCACGCGCGAAGACAUCCAGAUGGAGAAUCGCCGGGUCGCGACGGAGAGGGGUGCAUACGACCCGCGGAGAAUCAAGCCAGCCGACGCGCGUAGUGACGAUCCGUUUUGGUGCCGUGAAAGAAACGGCGAGUGGCAUCUUCGGACCUACUACCAGAUCGAGAACGAGUGUCACCCUGGACGAUGGAUGAUGGACGCCGACGUGGGUUUCCUGGUGUUUCACCGCGAAUAA